AAUUUUGGCCCACUCAUCUUUGCAGAAUUGUUGUAAUUCAGCCACAUUGGAGGGUUUUCGAGCAUGGAUGGGGGCAAACACUUUUGCACACCACUGUAUGUCAACCAGCCACAGUGAACACAACAGUUGUGAGCACCACUGCACAUCUAUAGCCUACAGGUAAAACAGUUCGUUACUGCUUGCAAUGAUGAACACAUCUGGACUGAUGUUAACAGGCUUGAGGAUGAUCUGAGUUUCACUCAGUCAGUUGCCUUUUGAAAACUAGGUCUGUAGCUGAUUCGUCACUAAACUGUGUCCCCAGGUUAUCAUUAUGUUGUUUGUCGACACACGCUGGCGGGAGGAAACUGAAACGUGCGUGUGCACCAGGGUGCGAGUAGCCUGUGGUGCAUGUGCAUGUCCGUGUACUGUAGCGGAAAAUGGAAAUACUCUAGUACUCCAGGAAAUACUAAAUAAGUAAAACGGUAUUUUUAUUACACCAGUUCAGAGCGCACUCCGGUGUGGCUAAUGUGUGGUCCCUGGUGAUUCUGACAGAGUGGGACCUCAUUGUUUCUACCCCCUCUUUUCGCAAACUACACUAUCCAAAACACGAUCCGAUUAUUUUCAGCCUACACCAUACAGUCUACGGGCCACACGGACUUAAUACAAGAGCUAUAAUAUAGGCUAUAAUAACCCAAGCCCACCAUAGUGAACGAUUGAGGAUAUAUCAUUUCGUCAUGGCUGCGACAAUGUUAAUCAGAUUCGGUGUCAUUCUCACUCCGGAGUCCUCGGAUGUUGACGUCUUUGUUUUGGGUUCGCGUGCAGAAAUGGGCCACUGGGACCCGAGCGGAGCGGUUCAGAUGAAAGCCUCACAGAAGCUCCUUUCACCGCAUGAACCGUGUCUAUGGAUCGGCGACGUGCAGCUGGCAGAUCCGUUCAAAGACACUCUGUGGUUCAAGUUCGUCAAAAGAGUCGCAGGCACUUAUAUCUGGGAAGGUAGUGGUCCAAGCCAUGACAGAUGCUGUUCAUAUGACGAGAGGAACAUGGUGGAUGGAGUGUACUGCCACCCAAUUGGUCACUGGAUAGAGGAAACAGGACACACAGAUGAGAUGAAACACACCACCAACUUUUACUUCAGUGUGGCUGGUCAUAAGACCAUACAUUUCUCCAGGGUGCUGCCACGUGUUUGGCUGGGCAGCUGCCCUCGACAGGUGGAACAUGUGACUAUAAAGAUGAAGCAUGAAUUGGGCAUCACUGCAGUGAUGAACUUCCAGACAGAGUGGGAUGUGGUGAACAACUCCAAUGGCUGCAGGCGCAAUGCUGAGGAAGCCAUGACCCCAGAGACCAUGAUGCAUUUGUACAAAGACUGUGGCCUGGUGUAUGUGUGGAUACCCACACCUGACAUGAGCACUGAGGGUCGGAUCAGGAUGCUUCCCCAGGCUGUAUUUUUGCUUCAUGGUCUCUUGGAGAAUGGUCACACUGUCUAUGUUCACUGUAACGCUGGAGUAGGCAGGUCGACAGCAGCUGUGUGCGGCCUGUUUAUGUAUGUGCUCGGCUGGAGCCUGAGGAAGGUGCAGUACUUUGUUGCAGCCAGGAGGCCGGCGGUGUACAUAGAUGAGGAGGCUUUAGUCCAGGCUCAGGCAGACUUCAUCCAGAAGUUUGGACAACUACAAUCAUCCAUCUCUUACCCAGACACAUGAGAGUUGAGUGUCCUUACACUGAAGUCUUCAAAUUUGAAACAGAACUUACAGUUAUGGAAAGCUCCACUGGACUGGACUUUCAAACUAAAAUGAUUCCUGACAUGUAAAAAAAAACAUACUGUAUAGUCAGCAUGAAAGGUGCCAGAAGGUGAAAUAACCUAUCGCAAGAAAAUUGACUUCUUUCCACUUAAAUCUAAUGUAUGUAAAUGACCCACUUCAGCUGAGUGGCUUUCAAAAUCUGGUUGAUCCCGAAGUGUCUAGAAAGAGUUCUGCUGGCUGCCAGCAUAGAUGUUGCAAGCAAUUAACCCUACUGUGAUGUGUUAGCUUUUAACUUCAGGAAUUACUCUGCCAUUUAGCACAUACAGUUGCAAAUUGUGCACUUGGAUAGCUGAGGACACUAUUAAUAGUUUUCAGUAAAUGUUUGCAGGGUUGUUUGGAAAGGCCUUUUCUUUUAGCCUUUUUUUUAAUAAUCAAUCAAUAGAGUUGACAUUUUCAGAAGGCAACUUUUAGCUGAUGUGUUGAACAGUAAUGAAUGAGAGGAACACACAGCAACACAAACAAAUAUCACUAUAUUAAAUAGUGAUAUUUGUUUGUUCCCAAGCAGGUUCCACAGUUGCUACUGCAUGGUUGUGUAUCAAUUUUAUUUCAGGUGCGAAAUAUUUCUUUUUUUUUUCUUUUUUCGGAGGGAGGGAGUCUUAAGGCUUUAUGAUAAUGGCAUUCCUUGCCAAAGCAACAAAUUAAUUCCUAAAAUGAAAAUAACGACAAUGCCUCUCCCUUUAUGUCAGAGAGGUAUUCAGCUCCCAGACAUCGAAGAAUACAGCUCCGCCCCAUCUCUCUCAGAGAGCUUGAUAGCAUUUCAUCUUUAUUUAUUUAUCCGACAGAUUCUAUUCCGACCCUUAUCCUAAAUAACGAAAACAUCCCUGACAGACUGUUUUAAUGCAUACAUAAUAAGAUAUUAUUGGAAUACUGUUUGUUGUCAAUUUUGAACUCCUGCCUAGACUAUUGAGGAUAUAUUGCUUUUUUAUGAUACAGUGUUUUUGUUACCUGUCCCCGAUUUAAGAAAGUUAGUGGAUUAGAAUGGAGGAAAGAUUUUUUUCCUCAAGCACAAGUCAUAUACCUUCUCAUUACUUUUCACUGAGUCUCUUCUGAAAACAGAACCUUAUGAGGGUGUCAGUGGGGAUGGGUGGGUGGAUUGAACCAUGCACAUGUGCUAGUAGAAGCAAAUCAUCGUGGAUUUCCAAAAAGUAAAAGAAAUGGGGAAAGAAUUAUGAAAUAUCCCUCUGCUCCUUCUUUUACGGACACAUUCAUUCUGCUGAUUUAAAGCAUCACAGACCCAUUCUUUAAAUUUGCUUCUGCAGUACACCUUCUCUUUUAUCCUAUAAUGGAUCCAUCAACUGAGACAGAGACAGUUUUUGUUCUUUCCUGUAAAAUGAAAAAAAAAAUUAAGAGGACCAACCUUUUAGGGUGAAAAUCACAGUGUAUGGUUCAAUCAUACCAUCUAAGCAGAGGGGCUUGGUGAUGAUAAUACAUUUAUAUGAAAGUUGGACAGCAAAACUUAUUCUAGCAGUAUUUGAAUAUUUCCAAUGUCCUGUCAUUCAUGCCCAACGGUGAGGAUUAUACUUUAACAAAGAAAUUCUUAGUAUAGUCCUCAGUAUGCAUGUCCUGUAUAUAAAGUACCAAAAUGAACAACAUAACCUUGUAUUGGUCCAAAGAAUGCAGUUCUGAAUCUUAUUUCAAUUCCUUGUCAACUUACAUGUAGCUUAUAAAACAUUAGAAACACACAACAUAGACUGACCUGCUGAAUGAGAUUAAAGAUAUAAUAACUUAAUGAUUUCAGCCAUUAAAACUGCUUCAGUUAUGUUGGGGAUAUUAAUCAUAGCUGGGCUGUUAAGGAUACCCCUGCAGCCAGAGCAAGGUAGGCAGGUGGGUGGAGGGGCUUAUAUUAAAACUAGUUGGACGGAUAUUUAGUGUAUUUUAACAGGUAAUAUUGAUUUUUUUCCACACAUGCUACGCUGUUUCAAAUGCUCUGCGUCAGUGUCUGUUUCAGGUGGAAAAUUCAAAUCAGUACAAGUUCAUGAAAAUGCCACAGCCUGAUAUCAGCACAGAGACACCAGUGAAGAUGAAAACAAAAUACCAGAGCUGUUCCCAGGAUUCACUGCCAAGCUUCCUAAAUAACAUCUACAGAAUGUCUGAAAUGUAAAUCUCGCCAGCCGUAAAGAUUGUAUCCCGUCAUUGUUAGGAGUGGGAAGAAUGUCCGUCAGUGUAUCAAAGACAGCAAGUAGCCCAGACAGCCCCUGCCUCCCUGGUAGCCUCAGAAUCAACACUUUGGAUAGCAGCUGUGACGCACAGGUGCAAAAUGUUAUAAAAGAUGUACAGGCAACCCGGGAGGAUGCGAUAGACUGUAGGCUGAUCCAAUGAUUGUCACGCCACUGCUGGAAAAUAAAAUCACAAGGGAAAAGAGUGGGUCCCUAUCAUCAUAAAAAUAUGUACUCUCCAUUUGCUCCUGUGUUAGAAAUAAUUAUUGUAUAUGAUAACUAUACUUGGGUUUACUUCCCAAACUGUUCAAGUCAUAGCCUGAUCCAUGGUACUGUUGGUGUUGCUUGUAUAUCAGUGAGAAAUAUCACUUGUGCACUGCAGACACAUUUCAAUAUGCAUAAGUAAUUCAACCAUAUAAUCAUGCAGUAUAGUUACACUCAGACAGCAAAAGUAAUACCUAAUAAAGAGAAUAAAGCAA